AUGAUCGAGGGUAAGUCUGAAAAGGGUAAGUCUAAAGAAAUAGGACACGAAGAGGAUUCAGAGGGUAAACUUUUAUCCCCAUCUUCAAAAGAAGCCAAGCCGAGUUCUUAUUGUCCGUCCUCAGCCACACCUGGAGUUCCCCUGUACCCUCUUCAGUUAGAUGUUGUAAAGCAUCUUGUGAAACUGUCACCAGUCAAGGCUGUUUUAGCAUGUGUUUUUGGGAAUUGUAUUUUAUAUGGUGGCAAUGACUACUCAUCAACCAUGUCAGGCUCGUUGACUAAUGGGCCAGGGUCAGUCCAGAAGCAUGAUGCUGAUAGAUUGUUCUUUGAGUUUGCACUUGAUCAAUCCGAGAGGUUUCCGACCUUGAAUCGGUGGAUACAAAUACAAACUAAUCUUCACCGAGUUUCAGAGGUAGCUGUAACUGCUGAGCAUUCGGUUAAUGAUGGAAUUGAGGCGAAAACUUCUGUGAAGAGGUUUCGGGAGCAUGAUAGUGAUUCUGAUUUAGAACAUGAUGAGUUGGUGGCGGUUGGCACCAGCAGCCUUUCUGUUCUUACAGACACUACAAAUGAAAGUGCAUGUCAUCACUGGGGUUUCUUCAAUAUUGUCAAUCAUGGGGUCUCCAAGGACCUUUAUGAAAGUAUCCAUUCUUUCUCUAAUCAAUUCUUUGAUCUCCCUAGUGAAACAAAGCUUAAACUUGGUCCUUCUUCUUGUAUCAAAACUUACACUCCUCCAUUCAUUGCAUCUCCUUACUUUGAAAGUUUGAAGGUUUGUGGACCAGAUUUUCAUUCAUCAGCUCAAGAUUCUAUUGAUGUGAUCUUCGACGAAAAACCUCACGAAUUCUGUGAGAUAUUAGAAGAGUAUGGAAAGAGAAUGACCAAACUGUCUAAUAAGAUCAUGAAGAUCGCGUUAAUGAUUCUAGGAGAAGAAUUCGACACAAGAUUUUAUAAUUCAGAUUUCAAGAAGUGUCAUGGUUAUCUAAGGAUAAACAGAUAUUCUCCACCAAUGAAGUCAGAAGGAAAAGAAACCACUGAAUUAGGUCUAGGGAUGCAUACUGAUAUGAGUUGUAUAACUAUUGUGUAUCAAGACGAUUCAGGAGGUUUACAGGUAAAAUCUAAAGAAGAUGGGAGAUGGAUGGACAUUGCUCAAAGUGAAGGGACCUUAGUUGUAAAUAUAGGCGAUUUGUUGCAAGCUUGGAGCAACAACAAACUCGUAUCAUCUGAACACAGAGUCGUCUUAAAGAAACCAGUCAAUCGGCUUUCCAUUGCUUUCUUUUGGUGUUUUGAAGACGAGAAGGUGAUUUAUGCUCCUAAAGAAGUUGUAGGGAACGGGAAUAUGAGAUUCUAUGAGCCAUUUGUUUGCUCGGAUUACUUGAAAUUUAGAGAGAGCAACGAAGAAGGCAAGUUCGAAAAAGUUGGGUUUACAGUUAAAGAUUUUGUCACAAAUAAUACCAAAUCAUCUGUAUGA